CGAGGAGAGAGAGAGAGACCACCUCGCUCUACUGCCCCGCUCUUUCCCUCCCCAUUCCCUUUCCCUCUCCUCUCCUCUCUUCUCGCCGAGCCACCCGACCCAUUCGCCUCCUCUCCACCCCGCCCAGAUCGCCGCCAUUCCCCCGGCUCCGGCGACAAGGGGCUCGCGGCGCUGGCACCGGGCCUCCCUCCCCGCGCGACGGAAACGGCUCCCGGCGGCGGCGGCCGGAGGAAGUCACGGAGGUGAGGCGCGAGGUGGAGCACACGGAGGGCGCUGCUUGAGGUGUGGAUGGGGUGGUAGGAAGGUGGAGGCAGUGCGGUGGCGGCGGCGGUGAUUGUGGCGGUGGCAGCCAUGCAUUUCGCCAAGCUCGAUGACUCGCCCAUGUUCCGGACGCAGAUACAAUUACUCGAGGAGAGUGCUGAAUUGCUUAGAGAGAGAUGCUUGAAGUUCCAGAAAGGUUGUCGCAAGUACACUGAAGGACUAGGGGAAGCAUAUGAUGGAGAUAUUGCAUUUGCAAGCUCACUUGAAACAUUUGGAGGAGGCCACAAUGAUCCAAUUAGUGUUGCUUUUGGUGGACCUGUCAUGACCAAAUUUACAAUUGCCUUGAGAGAAAUUGGAACAUACAAGGAAGUUCUGCGCUCCCAGGUUGAGCAUAUGCUAAAUGACAGAUUGCUGAAUUUUGUGGACGUUGAUUUGCAUGAUGUUAAGGAUGCUCAUAAGCGUUUUGAUAAGGCUAGCCUCUCAUAUGACCAGGUUCGUGAGAAGUACCUAUCUUUGAAGAAAGGUACACGACCGGACGUAACAACUGCGAUUGAAGAUGAGCUCCACAGUGCUAGAUCUUUGUUUGAGCAGGCACGUUUCAACUUGGUCACUGCACUUUCCCAUGUCGAGGCAAAGAAGAGAUUUGAAUUUUUGGAGGCUGUUAGUGCGACGAUGGACUCACAUCUUCGAUAUUUCAAACAAGGAUAUGAACUAUUGCAUCAAAUGGAGCCAUAUAUUAAUCAGGUUCUUGCUUAUGCACAGCAAUCAAGAGAAAGGGCAAACAAGGAACAGGCUUCUCUUGUAGAGAAGAUGCAUGAGUACAAAAGGCAGAUAGACCUGGAAAGUCGGUCUUCUGCAAAUGGUUUGAAUGAUUCUCAUAAUGGUGACGGAAUACAAACGAUCGGUAGAAGUUCACAUAAAAUGAUCGAGGCAGUGAUGCAAUCUUCCUCAAAAGGCAAGGUUCAGACCAUUCGUCAAGGUUACCUCUCAAAGAGAUCUUCAAACUUGAGAGGCGACUGGAAAAGAAGGUUUUUCGUACUUGAUAGCCGAGGAAUGUUGUACUACUAUCGCAAACAAAUUACUAGGCCACCUGGUGGUUGUUCCAGCCAAAGAAGUGUCAACCCCCCCGAACAUGGUUCUGGGUUGUUGAGCAGAUUAUUCUCGUCUCAUUACCAUGGUAUUGCACACGAUGAGAAGUCUGUUGCACGUCAUACUGUAAAUUUGUUGACAUCAACCAUUAAAGUUGAUGCUGAACAAUCAGAUUUGAGGUUCUGCUUUAGAAUUAUUUCACCCACAAAGGUCUACACAUUGCAGGCAGAGAGUGCAGUAGAUCAGAUGGAUUGGAUUGAAAAGAUAACUGGUGUUAUUGCCUCUUUGCUGAGCUCACAAUCCCCAGAACAGUGUUUUAUGUCAAGCCCUAAGUGCACUGGCCAUGAUCGGAGUACCAGUGAGAGCAGCUCCUUUACGAGUUCGGUGGACUUUGAACCUUCCAUAAGCGAUGAUUUAAUACUGGAGAAGAACUCUGGAAAUGGUCAUCAUGAUGUCAGAGGCACACAUCAUUACAGAACCAGCACGAAACCUGAAAAACCAAUUGACUUGCUUAGGAAAGUUGAUGGCAACAAUAUGUGUGCUGAUUGUGGUGCUUCAGAACCUGAUUGGGCAUCUUUAAACCUUGGUGCUCUUCUAUGCAUAGAGUGUUCUGGGGUACACAGAAAUCUUGGAGUGCAUAUAUCGAAGGUAAGAUCUCUGACACUUGAUGUCAGAGUUUGGGAGCCAUCUGUAAUCAAUCUCUUUCAGUCAUUAGGCAACAUGUUUGUCAACAAUAUUUGGGAAGAGAUGUUGCCUUCAUCAAAUAAUGGUCGUUCUGAUGACAAUUUAAGUUCUGAUGGAUCAGACACAACACAAUACCUCGCUGUUAGCAAGCCUAAACACAAAGAUGCCUUCUCUGCCAAAGAGAAGUUUAUUCAUGCCAAGUAUGUAGACAGAGAGUUUGUACAGAACCAUAGCACGGAUGAGAUUCAGCUAGCUCAGCAGAUGUGGAAUAGUGUAACUGCAAAUGACAAGAAAGCUGCAUACAGUCUCAUUGUGCGAUCACAUGCCAAUGUAAAUUUAGUUUAUGGAGAGAUGUCAUCUGGCUCAUGUUUGACGCUUGGAAAAGCACUUCUGCAAGAGCAACCAGCUUCACCUUCUGAUGGAAGUCCUAGAUUUUUCGAUUGCAGUUCACAUGAAAAGAUUUCUCCUAGAGAGCCCCUUUCUCCUGCUAGCACGAGUUCACGCAUAGAUGAUGUGGAGGACUGUUGUGAAGGUUUCUCCUUGCUUCAUCUCGCAUGCCGUGUUGCAGAUAUUGGGAUGGUUGAAUUACUUUUACAGUAUGGCGCUAGUGUAAAUAUGACUGAUUCAAGGGGUCGGACACCCCUUCAUCACUGCAUUUUGAAAGGAAGACAUCUCCAUGCCAAGCUUCUCCUCUCCAGGGGGGCUGAUUCACAAGCUACCGACCGAGAUGGUAGGACAGCAUUACAGUAUGCAAUCGACGGUGGAACAAGCGAUGAAGAUAUUCUUGUUUUAUUAGAGGACCAUAGCAGAUAAUCUUGCAAUCACACCUUCAGUAAAUCAAACUCCCCUCUUGGUGCAGUCGACUCAACUAACAUGGCUCCAGUCCCUCCCAGUCCCUGCUUGUCUUGCUGAUAAUUCUAGCUUGAGACAUGAAAGCAAUUUAUGUACAUGUCAUUCUGGAGCUUCUGCAACAUGAUGCGCCUGUGUUUUUUUCUUUCUUUUUUCUUUCUUUAGCAUCAGUGGUCUUUAUUUAUUCAUCUCGCAAACGGUUUAGUUUCGUUUGCAGAUGAUUCAUAGUAAGUUUGUAAAUCGAGUUGCUUCUCUUUAUUCUCGUCAUCCUUCAUCAUGAAGUUGCUGCCCUUCGAGAUGUGCCGUUGUGAUCUAUGAAAUAUUAGCGUGGUGUGGAUAGUAUAUGUCAUUGAUAUACCUUGCUCCA